AUGGAUGAAGAAGAGAAAUUCCCACUAGAAGAAAAUCAGUCCCAUAAAGAAGAAGUGAUAAAAAAUGGAUUCCGUGGAAAGAUUUUGAGCCCUUUUUACUGGUUGGAAAUGCUGAGUAAGGAAUUACACUGGAGAUUUGUGUUAGGAGUAGUGAUUGUGUAUGGAAUUAACCAGGGUCUUGGUAUGGGUUUGAGCCGUUUGAGUAUACAGUAUUACAUGAAAGAUGAGCAAAAAUUGCAGCCCUCUGAAGCUCAGUUUUACUCUGGAAUAAUUCAGAUUCCUUGGUUGGUUAAGCCCUUUUGGGGUCUUCUCACUGAUACAGUUCCUAUUCUUGGAUACAGAAGGAGACCCUACUUCAUUUUUGCUGGUAUUCUUGGUGCUACCUCAAUGAUUAUACUAUCACUGGACACGAACUUGCACCUUGUACUUGCACUGGUUCUUCUUAUGGCAACGAGUAUGGCAGUGGCAGUAGCAGAUGUGACCAUUGAUGCCUGUGUGACUGAGAAUAGUAUAAGUCAUCCAACUAUUGCUGGCGACAUGCAGAGUUUGUGUGGAGUGAGUUCCUCGAUCGGCCAAUUAAUUGGAUUUGCAAGUAGUGGCUUUCUAGUUCAUUUUAUUGGAUCAAAGGGUGUUUUUGGAGUUCUUAGCAUUCCUAUUGGACUGGUCAUUCUGGUUGGAAUUAUGAUUCGAGAUCCCUUUAUCCGAAACUUUUCUUAUAAGCAAGUGAAUGAAAAGUUUCUGGAUGCUGGUAGGGCUCUGUGGAUGGCACUCAAAUGUUCAGUUGUUUGGAGGCCAUGUUUGUACAUGUAUCUGUCACUUGCAUUGAGUCUGCAUUUACACGAGGGAAUGUUCUAUUGGUAUACAGACGCAAAAACUGGUCCUUCUUUCUCGCAGGAAAUGGUAGGGUCCAUAUCAGCUGUUGGUGCUAUUGGAUCUCUUUUAGGUGUUCUUCUCUACCAAAAUGCUUUCCGGAAUUAUCCAUUUCGUCACGUGCUUUUCUGGGCACAGCUUCUAUAUGGUCUUUCAGGCAUGCUUGAUUUGAUAUUGGUCAUGCGCAUAAACUUGAGUUUUGGUUUGCCAGAUUAUGUAGUAGUUGUAAUUGAUGCAGCUGUUUCCCACAUGAUUAGUCGACUCAAAUGGAUGCCUCUUCUUGUACUUAGUUCUAAGCUUUGUCCCUUGGGAAUAGAAGGGACAUUCUUUGCUUUGCUUAUGUCAAUUGAUCAUGUUGGUACGCUUUCAGCAUCUUGGGCUGGAGGGCUCUUGCUCCAUACUUUGAAUGUAACAAGGACAACCUUUGACAACCUUUGGCUGGCCAUAUUGAUAAGGAGCCUUUUCCGAGUUCUUCCACUGGCGAUUCUAUUUUUGAUACCUAAUAGUGAUCCAAAUGCAGCUAUCCUUCCAACCGAGAUGUUAAGGAAAAAAAGGAGUGAACUUACAUUGGACAAUGAUAUGGAAAUAACCUCUCUAGUCACCAAAAUUGACCAUAAUACGGUAAUUCAUUGA